AGCAGGCUUGGAGCUCAGGUCUGUCAUUGACACUGGGAUCCGUCAGACUGCUCAAUAGCUGAGUGUAGUGAAAGCAAAGGAAGGAGUGUGUGCUGUGCUCUCUGCCUCCCCCUAGAGUGCCCGGCUCUCUGAGUGAACAACGAAGUACUGCAACUUUUUAUAGGGCUGUGUGUAUGUACAUGUAUCUGUGUGUGUCUGUGUAUGUAUGUACGUGUGUGUAUGUACAUGUGUGUGUAUGUACAUGUGUGUAUCUGUACAUGUGUCUCCGUGUAUGUACAUGUUUGUGUGUGUGUGUACAUGUCUGUGUGCAUGUACAUGUGUGUGUGUGUAUGUACGUACAUGUGUCUGUGUGUGUAUGUGUCUCUGUGUGUGUGUGUGUGUGUGUGUGUAUGUACAUGUGUCUGUAUGUA